AUGCAAAACACCUGUGUUCCACACACCAUAGAAAACCAAGCAAACUCUGAAUAUGAAUUGGGUGACAAGAUUGAACAACAAGAAAGAGAGACAGCAAACUUUGAGAGAAAGGAGGAGGACUUGAAGGAAAUUAUAGAGGAAUUGGGUGACAAGAUUGAACAACAAGAAAGAGAGAAAGCAAACUUUGAGAGAAAGGAGGAGGACUUGAAGGAAAUUAUAGAGGAAUUGGGUGACAAGAUUGAACAACAAGAAAGAGAGAAAGCAAACUUUGAGAGAAAGGAGGAGGACUUGAAGGAAAUUAUAGAGGAAUUGGGUGACAAGAUUGAACAACAAGAAAGAGAGAAAGCAAACUUUGAGAGAAAGGAGGAGGACUUGAAGGAAAUUAUAGAGGAAUUGGGUGACAAGAUUGAACAACAAGAAAGAGAGAAAGCAAACUUUGAGAGAAAGGAGGAGGACUUGAAGGAAAUUAUAGAGGAAUUGGGUGACAAGAUUGAACAACAAGAAAGAGAGAAAGCAAACUUUGAGAGAAAGGAGGAGGACUUGAAGGAAAUUAUAGAGAAAUUAAAGAAUGAGUUAAUGACGAAGACAGAGAAAGCCAAAUUAACAGCUGAGAUGAAAGAGUCCAUAGCAAACCAGGUACAUGUAUACCAGGAAGAGGUGCAGCAACAAAAACAAAUCAUUUAUAGUGUAAAUGUGAAAGAAUUCCUGUCAUUUCCAUCACCAACAAAAUUACACAGCAUAGGUGGUGAUCUUUCUGCAUCAGUUAGGCAAGAAUUAGGGGAUGACAUAAAAGAUAUAGAUAAAACAGUUGCCACCUUGAUAAGAAUAUCUACAGUUGUAACAAAAGAAGACAAAAAGUCUUGUGAAACAGUCUGUCAGUGUGCAGAUAACAUCUUAGAAGAGGCUUUUAAAGCAGAUAGCAAUGUUGGGUCUCUGUUUGCAAAUGCAUACCUUGUCUAUAUUGGUUUAUUAAAGGGUGAGGACAAGAAAUACCGGCCACCUAGUGAUAUAACAGGACCAUUGAUAGUGCUGGAACAUAUUGUAAAACAAACCUACUUCCCACAUCAGGCGAAGAAUAUAAUUUCUGCUUUCAUGAAUAAGCCACACCCACUGUUGGACAAAUCAUUUGCGAGUGAGUGGCGAGAGUCUGGCAAGAAGAAAAAGAAACAAAAGCCAAAGCCCACCCCAGCACCCACAGAAAAUCACAAUGACACCAAACCCGACAGACGAGAUAAUAGAGACAGAAAUGAACGAGAUAAUCGUGACAGAAACAAAGAGCAGAAGGAAAAUGGCGAGCGUAAUUUUUGUGAACAGUCAGACAAUUAUCGGCAGCGUGCCCGUCGUAAUGACAACAGACUGCCAAGGUUAUCAGGGGGUCGUGGCAGACCAGACAGAGCUGGAGACAGACCAGAACGUGGUGAAGAGGAGAAUGAAAAAGAUGUUUAUCGUGACAGGGGAUUCGACUGUGGCAGGGGUCGUGGACGAGGGUUUGGUCCACGGCGUGGAAGAGGUGGUGGCAGUGGACGAGGGGUUGGAGGGACUUUCCGACCAAAUAGAGGUUUUGAAAAUAAGAAUUCCCAGAUUGACAAUGGUCCUCAGAUAGACACAUGGACUAAUGAAACAGCUGUGAUAGGCGAGAAAGAACCAAAAAUAUCUAACUGGGGUGAUUCAAAAGAAGAUUGGAAUGAGGAUAUAGAUAGCUGGACUGAAAGUUUGGCAGAAACAAAAGUUAUUACAGCCAGUGGCUCAUCAGCAUCAGAACCAACAAAUCAAGUACCGAUAGAGUCAAACGCACUCUCUAACACGUUCGAUCUCGGAGGAUUAUACCCAAAACAUCUACAAAAUGACAUGAGUGCUGAGGCAAGAUAUAUCAGUCAGUUUAACCAGCAGGCGACGGAGUCAAUCAAGAAUUGUAUAGGGAUUGGAUCUGGACAAAGUUCAUCCCUUCAAAACUCUAUGACCUCACAGACUGCUUCCAAUGGUAAUAGUUUAACGGGAACCAGUGUUACAGGAAGUGGUUUAUCGUUUAUGACAGGAAGUAGUUUAUCAGCAGGGUCACAGUCUGUUGCUGGUCCCUCAAAUGCCAUUCCAGCAUCAUCGGUGUCCCAAAAUGCAAUGUUACAACAAAGACAGAAGCCUCAAAGAUCAAAGUUACCACCACCAUCAAAGAUUCCAGCAUCAGCUGUUGAGAUGCCUGGUUAUAUGAUGACAACAUUGGACGUUCAGUUUGGUAACCUCGAGUUCGGUUCUGACAGCUCAGCAUUCUCAUUUAGAGGAAAUGAAUCUGUUAAUAGUGCUUUCACUAGUGCUGAUUCUAACAGCACAUCAACUGUAAAUGAUCAUGGCGGUGCAACUGUGGGUCAGGUACAGAAUUUAAGUAAAACGAGCGAGUCACUGAUAUCAGGCGGACUUGAACAAAGUUCUCCUAGGAGCAGUUCCCUAUGUCAGCAGUCACCAUACACAACACGAACCAAACAGAACCAGCGUUUGAGCAAGCAGGUAGAAGUGUUAGUAGAGGAGCGUGCUGCCACUGAAUCAAAAACAGAACAUUUAUUGGUAGAGAUCAAUGACAUGCAGACAGAAGCAAAACAGAAAGUGGAAAAUUUACAUCAACCACAGUUAGAAGAGUUACAGAAAGGUGACCAGUCACCCUCUGAGGCAGAGAUGGAGUUACCAGCUGGUUGGGUAUGGCAAGAUGACUGGCAGAAAGAUCUGGGCAGAGCUGUUGAUGAAGAAGGCCGUUCACAUAUAAAUUUAACCGUGGCUGAAGGGUUUUCGGGCUCGCUUAGGAAGCGAGAGGUCUGGAGUUCAAAUCCCAGUAAAGGCACUCCAAGCCCUUACUGGGACGAAGCAUUUGACUUUGUUUACCGUACACCAGUUACACCCUACACAGAUAAUGUAUUCAGUGAUGUAUCCCCAGGCGCUGCUGGUAGGUUUUUUAUACUUUUUUUGAAAUUUAAGUAAGCCCCUUUGAUAAUAUCACACCAUUUUCAUUUAAAAAUGUAAUAGGAGUUGUUUCCCUUUUAUGCAAUACUAUAUAAAUAUAUCUUGUGAGAUAAUUUGUUCAAUAUUUCCUUUAAUUAUUGUAUCACCAUUAACAACUUGCCUGUUGAUUUGAAAUAGCUCUCAUUCUUGUUACAUUAAGUGCUCAUCACUCUUAUUACAGUUCUUUUACAUGUAUGGUAUCAGGUAUGAUAAUUUGAAAUUUAUCCUUUAGUCAAUACAGAAUUUAUUUUAGUUUGAUUGUGAAACAAUCUAUAAACCAAAAAACGUUCAUGUGACCAGUCGCCUGGCAUUAUCACUGCAUAUAUUGUAGUACAUGUUGCUCAUUGUCAUAAUUUUGAUAUAUCUGUU